GUGGUUCAUAUAUUUUGUUAACAUGUUUAUGUUAGGGGGAAAUUGUCUGGCGUGGUUAUGGUCUCUGGUUUGGAACCUGUUAUUUAUUGACUCACAGUAGGACAAACUUUAUACGUGCUUGUCAAGUGUCCCAGAGGUAGGAGUGCAAGCGGUAAACGAAUGGGCUGCUCUGAUUACUGCAUCGAAGGAAGUGUGUUCAUUACCCCUUUGCGUAAACCUAUGGCGUAAACAGGCCGUGAUACUUUACUAUUCAGUUUGACAGGUGUGAACGAUGACCCAGAACCGACAUGAAGUCCCAAGAAGAGGCUGAAUACGCGGGCGAACUUAAUGAUUUGCCCGAAGACUCAAACUUCGUCAAACCGUACUUACUAAAGCUGCGGGAGAAGGCACAGAGAGAAAUCGACCCACUGCACAUUCUGGACUUUUCCGACGGCGUUUUAAUUCGUUUUUUGAGAGCCAGAGACUUUGAUAUUGCGCUGUCACUGAAGCUGCUGCUGAACUACCAGCGCUGGCGCAGGGAGUGCCCAGAGAUCAGUGCCAACCUGCACCCCUCCUCUGUGCUGGGCCUGCUGCAGAACCACUAUCACGGGGUGCUGGCCCACCGUGACCACAGCGGCAGCCGCAUCCUCGUCUACAGGAUAGGUCAGUGGAACCCCAAGGACUUCUCAGCGUACGAGGUGUUCCGCAUCAGCCUCAUCACGUCCGAGCUCGUCGUCAGGGAGACGGAGACCCAGAGGUGUGGGGUGAAAGUCAUCUUCGACCUGCAGGGCUGGUGCUUCGGUCACGCCCUCCAGAUCAACCCCUCCCUCGCCAAGAGGAUCGCCUCGGUGCUCACCGUACGGACUGACGACCAUGAUGAUGAUGAUGAUGAAGGCUUGGCUUUCUUUUGUGUCGUUUUCUCUCUCACCUGUCCUCACUUGCCCUCACCUGUCCUCACUUGUUUCAUCUCUUCUCUUUCUCAGGACUCGUUUCCUCUCAAGGUGCGAGGCAUCCACCUCAUCAACGAGCCCAUCUUCUUCCGCCCGGUCUUCACCAUGCUCCGCCCCUUCCUGCCUGACAAGAUCAAACAGAGAAUCCACAUGCAUGGUGGCAGCUUCGAAGAUUCCCUCUGCGACCACUUCAACUCGACCAUCCUCCCCCCGGAGUUCGGAGGAGAGGGGCCUGCCAUAGAGGAGGUGUGUCGGGAAUGGACCAAUCACAUCCUGCGGUCUGAAGAGCUUCUCGCACAGCUCUCUGCCCACCCCGCCGAGGAGAUGGUUGCCCCAGAGGAUCGCCAGUCAGCUACGUAGACUGUGAACUACAUGUCCCACAAUGCACCUCACAUCCCUGACCAUGUCAUGGAAUCUGGAAAGAAUGAUGGCUGCAGAUUAGUGGUAAAUCAACAUUUUAUUCCGGAACUUUUGGGAGCCACUGGAAUUCCAGAUCUAGAGUUCCGUUCCGUUUACGAUAUAUCUUGAAUCAUACGAGUGCCUUAUGUGAUGCUAUUUAUUCUUAACAAUGUAGUUUUGAGCCCAACUCCGAAAGACGCAUAGGCUAUAGACUACAUAUCCCAGAGUAAAUCUCACUGACUGAGUGUAUUCUACUCUGGUCCUUUUAGGCCGAAACCAAGCCAGAUUUUUUUUAUCUUCCAGUUUCUAAGCUGAAAGUCUUAUUAAAUAUAUUUUUUAUUAAAGGUAAGUCUUUAACAUACUGUUUAGUGCUUGAAAGAACAUAGCCUCUAUUCAAGAAGAUGGCACUGACUCUUCAAACUCCCCAGAAGAAUCCUUCCCUUGUUUCCUUUCCUCCAUGACCACUAAAAUGAACCAGGAUGGUUUAUGUAUAUCCACCUGACUGUCCAUACAACCGAUAUCAGUUAAUUUGAUAUCCAACACUGAUGAGAUUCUGUCAUGAACGAAAAUGUGGAAUGUUGAGAGUUCUCAAAACUCUGAUGGGUCUCUGAAGAAGCAAGAUGGAGGCUUCUGUUAGUCCAUCCCUGUUCAUGAUUAGGCCACAAUCAUGUGAAGACAUCCGUUUAUCUGUAGCUGUGUUUAUUACCGCAAAGUGUUGAAACUAGGACCAAGAAUGGAAACGCGUUACGUGUCCUAAAUACAAUUUAUAUAUAUUAUUGCUGUUUUCUUUUCAUGUUUUUUUUAAUCGUGUGGAUGACAAUAUAGACCUAAUUUUGCCUGCGGUUUUAUAAUUGUUUCGUUUUGCUUGCUUGCACCUUGGAGCUUCAUUGACGAUCCCAAAAGUGCUUAGCUGUAUUCUGUUACCUGUUCCUCAUCAUCCUCUCUGUCAGACAGUCAAUUAAGUCCAACAGUCCACUGAGUAGUGUUAGGAAUGAUAACACACUUUACAAAACUAAAACAACAGCAGCUUGCUUGUAUUUGGCUUAAAUUAGACUUCCUAGUACUCUCUCUCUCUCUCUCCCUCUCUCUUUCCCUAUCUCUUUAUUUCUCUCUUUCUCCCCCCUCUCACCCUUAGUCCCUGUCUCUCUCUCCCUUUCUCCCUAUCUCUCCCUCCUGGACCUUUAGCCUUGUUCCCAGUCAGUAAACAUUGAAGGAGUGGCACCUUCCCUUCAGUCAAUGUUUAUGAUCCUCCAUUUUACCCAUACAAGGCCCAAAUGACACUCAUCAGAUCUGUGGAUCACUGUCUCAUUUGAAAUGGUUGCCUUUACAUCUCACACAAUGCAGAUAUUGUGCAGUGACAUCACAAUCAGAAUGAUUGCAGAACAACUGGAAUGAUUGGUUUGGAAUGUUCCUCUUCUAUGUAGAUGUUCUAGUGUUGACAACUUGAAAUGUAUGUUGACACACUGCAGUGACUAGUGAUUCUGUUCUGUGGAAAUUUGAAGAAUUGCCAGGAAGUUGCAUAAGCACACAGACUUGUGUGAGCUUAUUUGAUGUCAUGGUGGUUUUCAAAGGAUGUGUCAUUUUUUUUUUGUAUAUGAGGGAUUGUCACAGUUAAAUGGAUUAAUGCUUUGAA